CUUCGUCCGCUUAUCAGGAAAACCGUCGCCUGUGUAACAGCGCCAUCUUGUGUUGGAAAUAAGCAAGACUUCCAGUCGCAGAGGAAAAGAGACCACCCAUUCUGUACCCAGAAAAGACAGAUUGGAAGAAACUCCAAGUCAAAUAUUGUAUGCCCCAAGCCAUCUAGGCAAGAUUUAUACAACAUCGUUUUUCAAGCAUGGACGCUUUCUGUCCUCACUCUGAGUAGAAGACCAGAUAACUAGAGCCGUGGGAAACAUCCUUCAGAAGAAUAAAAAGGAAAGCACUCAAUGUGCGAGAUCAUAGUGGAAUUUUUUUUCCUUUUAGUUUCGCUUUCUUAGAACCCCUGGCAUGUUCAGACAUGAACAGUGUGACUAGAAAAUGUUCAGAGAAAAUGUGACUACAGGCCUUUGGAAGAGGUCAGACAUCACCCUGCAGGGCAAGACUGGUGCCGGUGCAAGGAGCAGACCGUAAGCUGCAUGCAAUGCUCUAGCAGAGGCUGAGGGUUCUGGUUUUCCCCUCAGCACAGCGCUUUUUGAGAACUGGUUGCCAGUGAAAUGGCCGAGCGGGGUGAACAGUGCUGGAAGAAGAAAGCAGGAGUGUGGAAUAGCUAACGGGACAGUGGGUCUUUACAUGUUAAGUCAUCGUCUUUAUUAUCUGGUCAAAACACAUAAGAGAUGUUUCACAAGACAGAGGAAUUCUUUCCCAAGAAGACAGAGAGUGAUGUGGAUGACAUGGACACAUCGGACACACAGUGGGGCUGGUUCUACCUGGCAGAGUGUGGAAAGUGGCACAUGUUUCAGCCGGAUACCAACAUUCAAUGUUCAGUUAGCAGUGAAGAUAUCGAAAAAAGCUUCAAAACAAACCCUUGUGGCUCCAUUUCCUUUACUACUUCCAAAUUCAGCUACAAGAUAGACUUUGCAGAAAUGAAGCAGAUGAAUCUUGUCACUGGAAAACAGCGCCUAAUAAAAAGGGCUCCCUUCUCCAUCAGUGCCUUCAGUUACAUCUGUGAAAAUGAGGCCAUCCCCAUGCCAACACACUGGGAGAACGUGAAUCCUGACGUUCCCUACCAGCUGGUUUCCCUGCAGAACCAAACACACGAGUAUAAUGAAGUUGCCAGUCUUUUUGGGAAAACAAUGGACCGGAACCGAAUUAAAAGGAUUCAAAGGAUUCAAAACUUAGACUUAUGGGAGUUCUUUUGCAGGAAAAAGGCUCAGCUCAAGAAAAAGAGAGGUGUCCCCCAGAUCAAUGAGCAAAUGCUGUUUCACGGCACCAGCAGUGAAUUUGUGGAAGCAAUUUGCAUUCACAACUUUGACUGGAGAAUCAAUGGUGUGCACGGUGCUGUCUUUGGAAAAGGAACCUAUUUCGCUAGAGAUGCGGCGUACUCCAGUCGUUUCUGCAAAGAUGACAUCAAGCACGGGAACACAUUCCAGAUUCAUGGGGUCAGCUUGCAGCAGCGACAUCUGUUCAGAACCUAUAAAUCCAUGUUUCUUGCUCGAGUGCUAAUUGGUGAUUACAUAAAUGGAGACUCGAAAUACAUGAGACCUCCUUCCAAAGAUGGGAGCUAUGUGAAUUUGUAUGACAGCUGUGUGGAUGACACCUGGAACCCCAAGAUCUUUGUGGUUUUUGAUGCCAACCAGAUCUACCCUGAGUACCUAAUAGACUUCCACUGACCCUGCCUCCCAGGCUCAGUGGUCAAAGCUUUGCUCUCUCACCGCAGGAGGACUUGACCCCCUGUCUAGCCGCUAAUAGAAAUAUUGGAUACUUUUGAAACAGAUACAGAAAAGAAUGCGGCCUAAGUAUAUAAAGAAGUACUGGCUGUCAGGUUGGUUAUAUGUUGUUCUGUUUCUGUCUGUUCCGGUUUUGUCAAAGACCGAUGCUGUUGCCACCUUAACAUAUAGGAGAGAGAGGUACUUCUCAAAGCCGAGUAGGAUAAGUCUCAUUACCAUGGCCAGGCAGACUUCAAAGUACACACACACAUGUGACCGGGUCAAAUGAUUUUAGUUUUUGUACCCUAUUAGGACAACUGGCCCUUUAUAAAUUGAAUUUUGGCAUUACUAUCUAUCAAUGAGCAUGUGACUUUGUUGGCCCUUCUGAGGGGGUAUUUAAAACCCGGAAACAGCCCCUGGUGCUCAGCGAAGUAAGAAACAAAGGACACCGUCUGCUGUGCUAGGAGACAAGCUAGCAGAAGAGAGACCAGGACAGAGCCUGCUUCCCACUGCUAUAGGAAGGCGGUCUGUAACCCCAGAGCAGCGCACACCCUUCUCACACACCUCCCACAGUUGAGCUGACCACUGCCACGGAGGGUCAGUAGCUCCCAGUGCAGCCCUCCAGCAGUCUGUGGUCCAUGCUCACAUUAUUUAUUUCUUCAUUUCCAAGCCCUGCAGUGAUCACUCCUAAGAGGUUUUAUCGGUCCUGCCACAACCCCUGAGAGACACAUAGCUGUUCCCCAGUGAUUCCUAAGAUCCACGCGUGUUGGUGGGUGGUAUCUUUCUGUUUUGAACGAUUGCAGAGAACAUGAGAUGCUGGGUAGAAGUCUGAUUUCUCCUUUAGAGUAGUGAUUGACAGCUUCCAACCCAUGAGCAGCUACGUACAACUUAGAAUUGUACUCACGGCUUGGUGUACUGGUCUCCUUGCCUGCUGUUCUGUCCUGAAGAUGUAGAUCUGUACCAGCUAACUGCCCGUUGGUGUCCUAGCAGAGACUCAGGCAUGAUGCUGUCUAGGUGUUCAAGUAUCAGACAGGGAGCUGCCUGGAUGAUUGUCUCCUCAGCGCUGCUUUUUCCAUGAUUCCUUAUGGGAAAGACCGUUUCCUCCAGCCCUUCACCCAGAACCUUUUCCUAACUCUUACUACUGAAUCUCGUCUCCAGUAUCCCCAUCCAGCUCUGGGUGCAAGUAAGUGAACACAUUUAGCUUCUAGUGCCUCCAUGUGUAUUGUGCUCUUCCAUCUCUCAAAUCCGGAAGCAUCUAGAAGUAAUAUGUGUGUGGAACAGGAUUAGGGACAAUGGUUCUUUUUUUUUUUUUUUUUUUUUUUUUGGUUCUUUUUUUCGGGGCUGGGGACUGAACCCAGGGCCUUGUGCUUCCUAGGCAAGCGCUCUACCACUGAGCUAAAUCCCCAACCCCAGGGACAGUGGUUUUAAGGAUGGCAAUUCUUUCAGCUUCGUAUGUCACCAGGUUUUCCUUAUAGCCCGGAAUGAGAGUAAUUGUGCAGUAGGAAGUACCUGAACGGCACUCGGGAAAACGUGUGCACAGUGCUGCGGCACAUCGUGGCAGCCAUGAUGUCCUGGCUCAGAUGUGUCGGCCCGCCAUUGGUUUAAGAACGGAUAGGAAGGACACAUUUCAAAACCAACAGUGGUCCCUGCAGAAGUGCCUGAAUGCCUGCUCGCCCACAGAAUCAGUGUUAGGGGCAUUAGGAGGUCAGACCAAACAGUCUCUCUCCUAGCUCUUUUCUUCUAUUUUUGUUUUUUUUUUGUGUGUUUGUUUGUUUGUGUUUGUUUGUUUUUCUAGACAGGGUUUCUCUGUGUAGCCCUGCUGUCUUGGAACUCUCUCUGUAGACCAAACUGGCAUGCGACGUGUUUGUCCCUCUUACGUGGCUGUCUCCCUCUGCCCAGUUCCAGGCACACUUCUCUUAAUACUUGAAUGGAAUGUAGUUGGGGUUGUUUCCUUUUAGACUUGUGUAUCUGUGCCAAGGUGACUGAGAACGCAGGCAGUCUGUGCAGUCACCCUCCCUCGUUGGCUUGCAUGAAGAAGGUGGGGUUGUGUCACAGUGACCACCGUCAGAAAGCAUUGCACUGCUGUUGUUGGAAGGGACUGCCAGCCUCCCCUCCUUUAAAAGGAAGAAGUGAUUUCAGUAUGUGUUUUAAAAUAUAAUAAUGUAGAAUUCACUCGUGUUAAAGUUUUACUGCCUUGUCUGUUACAUGUAUAGAAGGGUCUUAUCCCCUCUGCGCAUCCAGUAGAGUGGGAGGGAGAGUAAAGGGAGCCGUUACAGAGUGGCACGCUAUGCCACCGAGCUGGCUGAAUAAACUCCAUUGAGUACAAACCUGUCUUUUUUCUCUGUGGGGAGUCUAGCCUUGGGGUAAAAAAUAAAUGUGUUUAUGGGAAAACAUUUUCCUAAAUCUUUUAUCUCCCACCAGGAAUGUUUGAGAUUAGUGGAUUACUUCAUUUCUAGACUGGUGGUGGUGGUGAUGGAGAUUUCUCAUAUUUAAUGUCUGAGUGUAUUGUUUCUAUAAUUGUUGAUUAAAGUUUUCUGUAUCGGG